UAGAACAUUUUGAACCACCUGUUAAUAUUUGAAUUACGCAAUAUUAUUUAUAAAGGAUAUAGAAAUUAUUAAUUGAUGAAUUGAGCUUAAGAUUCGUGACAGUCUCCGCCUCUCACCGACUAUCACCGGGAAAAUCGACACUGUUGAUUCUUAUAGUACGAAAAAAAUUAUUUAAACAAUAUUCAUGAACUGUUUAAAAAAAUUUAUUUGAUUUUAAGAUUUUAAGAUUUAUUUAGAUAAAAGUAUUAUAUUAUCAAACUCAUCAAAAAGAUGAGUUCUCCAGUUUCAAUAAGUAAUACUGGUCCUAUGACUAGUACUACAGGAAUGGAAACAAUAGUGGCUGUGGCACUAGGUGCACUAGCUGCUGUUUUCUUUGGUGCAUUCCUAGUUUUGCUUGUCAUUUGCAAAAGACAAAGAUGUUACUAUAAUCAAAAAGAUUCUCCAGAUCUAAGCUCAGAUUUAUUAGAAGGAGAACAUUUCUCUGGUUUAGAUGCUUGGGAAAGUGAGGAAUGGUUAGCUGGUGCAGAGAGAUGGGUUGAUGAUGCUACGGGUUUAGCUCCACUGUGCAUUGAUGUAUUGAGAUCUUGUCAUACUUUGGCUUCUAAUCUCACUGCUAUUGCAGGAACAGUGAAUAGUAAUACUGUUCCAUUGGAAAUUGUGGAUGUUGCCAGACGUAUUCCACCUCGUGUUGAUGAUGUAGUUAGAAGUUUGUAUCCAUUAUUAGAUGCAAGGUUAUUAGAAGCCAGAGUAGCAGCAUUAGUAUUGGCUGUUACACAUUUGGCAUUGGUGACUAAGCACGGAGUCUCCAAAAAUCAUGCUAGGAAGUUAGCUUUUAUUGAUCAAGCUUUAAAUGAUAUGGAUUCUCAUUUAUCAAUUUUGAGAAAUGCUGCAUUGGCACAAGAAGUGGCUUGUUCUGUUCCAAUUUCAACACCAGUUUAAUUUUCAAUUUUUACAAGAAUUUUCAUCAAUUUUUUUAUUCAUGGUUUCAAGUCUUUAUAAUAGAUUUACUAAAUAUUGCGUGAAAUUAAAAAUACACGCAAUAUUAAAAAAUAUUC